CGAAACAUGUCCCUGGCCUUCGGUCUCUCUCCUCUCUGUACAUGAUCUCACGAUACCGCUCGCUUCCAUCCAGAGUUCUCAAUUGGUGUCUAUCAAUGCGCACAAAGAGAACCCUUCAUCACAGCCGAAUUCCCCGACUAUCAGCCGUAGUUAGUUCCAUUGCGAGCACAAGUCUGCGGCCGGCGUUGCGAUCUUUGGGAGCGAUAGAUCGACGCCCUCAACGCCGCGCUCUCACAUAUUCAACAUCGCCACCAGUCAGCUUUCUGGGUUUUUCUCAUAGUCGUCGCGGGACCCUCCAAGACAGCACCCAAACUCGUCGCUUCCACACCAAUUCCACAACUCGAAGCCCAUCUACCAUCGCCUUCGAAAAGAUGCACCUGACAGAGAGUGCUGUCCCACCUGCACCGUCACUUCCACAAGAGCUCAGCUAUGGAGAGGGCUCACACGUGAAUGGCAUCGACGGUGGACAUGCAUCACACAUAAAUGGACAUGCGGCCGUGACAUUGUCUGAGCGAUGCGAACAAGUCUACGAGCAGGUCAAUGACUUCUUACAUCGUGCGCCUAGAGACGGAGAGGACGGUAGACGGCUAGAACAUGCGCGGCGGCAGACUCGCUUGAGUUUAGAUAUAAUUGCAGAGGCUCUGGAGAAGUAUAGCUUCGAGGAGCUCGCUAUAUCAUACAAUGGAGGCAAGGAUUGUCUGGUGUUGCUCGUCCUCUACCUCGCCGGCUUACACGCAUACGCAACUCACCAAAACUUCUCCUCGCCGAAUCAACAGCCGUCAUCAACAAGCGCCGCGACCACAAACGGCAAAGGUCGACGAAUACAGCUCCCGCCAACACUGCCUGCAAUCUACAUCCUCUCCACCAAUCCUUUUCCAAGCGUAACCUCCUUCGUCACCACCUCCGCCGCGCACUACGCGCUGAGCCUAACAUCCUACCCAGCGCCAAUGCUCUCCGCAUUCACCUCACACCUCGAACACAAUCCGCAGAUUCGCGCCAUUUUCGUCGGCACGCGACGAACAGAUCCGCAUGGCGCGACGCUGACACCAUUUGCGCCCACGGACGGGAAAUGGCCACGGUUCAUACGCGUGCAUCCCGUGCUGGACUGGAACUAUGUGGAUAUUUGGUGUUUCAUCCGAGGCGUGGGCAUGGAAUACUGUGAGCUGUAUGAUCGCGGGUAUACCAGUCUGGGCGGUAGAGGGGACACUUGGCCGAAUCCGAAGUUGAGAAUAGAUGCUGUAGAAAAGGAUGCAGCGAGCCUAACAGCCGGUGGCGCGGUGAUGGCUGCGAAGAACAUCGAUGGUGUUGACCAAGAGGAAAACGGAGGAGAAAUACGUUAUCGACCGGCUUAUGAGCUGGUAGAGGACGAGGAGGAGCGAUUAGGACGGGAGCGGCGAUGAUGUCAAACGGAGAGAAUGGUGCUGGCGUCGUCAGAAUGGGUCGACAAGACCAAUAGGGAAACAGGCAGAGGAGCUGCGGCAACGCCAAACGUUGCAAGAGGAGGAACUUUGAGACAUGUGCAUUGCGGGCGCCGGAUCUAGAUGAAGACGAUAGAUGAGCAGCGAUUGAAAAAAGCCAUGAAAGAUCGAAGAUGAUGCAUUGGGGCCCUUUUCAGAAAUCAACCCUGAAUUUUAAUAAGAAAGACAUCGCGAAGAAAUUUGGACAUGUCCCAGACCUUCAUGAAACAUCAUUGAAACGUGAAUCCGCGUAAAUCAAGUUCAAGUUAAUCAAAUUCAUGCC